CACAAUCAAUCACACUGGGAAGGCGAGCCCAUGGAGAUCCUCUCGAUCGCGUUCGCCAUCUCGGCCGCGCUGACGCUGCUCACGGUGCUGCUCUCGGGCUGGGAGGUGUGGACGCAUCUGCUGUACAAUCCGCAGGCCGGCAUCCGCCGCUACGUGCUGCGCAUUCUGCUCAUGGUGCCGAUCUACGCCGUCACCUCGUACCUCGCGCUCACGAUUCCCGAGUACAAGAUCUACUUUGAGACGAUCCGCGACUUUUACGAGGCCUUCGCUUUGCACUCGUUCUACUACUUUAUGAUCGAGUUCCUCGGCGGGCAAGAGGUGCUCGCGCAGCGCCUGCGCAGCCACAAGCACGACGCGCACCACGUCAUGGGCUUCCAAUGGUGCUUGAACACGUGGAAGAUGGGCCCGCAGUUUGUGCGCAUGAACACGCUUGGCAUUCUGCAGUACAUCCCGUCCAAGAUCUUCAUCACGGUCAUGACGUUCGUGAGCAUCAUCUUUGACUUUUACGGAGAAGGCGAGUACACGAACCCGCUCGUCGCGUACGGCUGGCUCACGCUCAUUCUGACCGUCUCGCAGACGUGGGCGCUCUACUGCCUCGUGCUCUUCUACCACGGCUGCCUCGAAGAACUCGCGCCCAUGAAGCCCUUCCCCAAGUUUAUGGCCAUCAAGAUGAUCAUCUUCUUUACGUUCUGGCAGAGCUGCACCAUCUCGGCGCUCGGCAAGUCGGGUGUCAUCUCCGAGUCGUGGCACAUUCGCUGCAAGAGCAUCGAGUGCGACCCGAUCAGUGGCAUUUGCCACUAUGAGGAGUGCUGGGAGACGGCCGAGAUUGGCGCCGCGCUCAACAACUUUAUCGUGUGCGUCGAGAUGCUCCUCUUCGCCGUUGUGCACCAUUAUGCGUUCAAGAUUGACGACUUCCUCCGCAUGGAACGCGAGAAGAACAACGAGAUCACGAACAACGUCAAGAACGGCCUCCUCGACAACCUCCUCGACGCGAUCUCGAUCACGGACGUCGCCAAAGACAUCCAGUACUCCAAGAUGCAGCUCCUCACCGAGAAGCAGCGCCUCGCGCUCGUGUUUGAAGAAGAAAAGAAGAAGCGCAAGGGCGGCGGCCACGGAAUCGAGACGGCCGAGCGCUCGCUGCACCUCGAAGCGAGCGGGGUCAAGCAACCGCUGCUCGCGCCAACCGCUGGCGUCAAGCCGCCGGCCCGGCGACCGAUGGCGCCGACCGAGACGAGGGAGGAGGCCCGCCGCCGGCUCGCGACCCAGUAUGAAAAGCUGGCCCACAAAGACUCGUUCGAGUAA